AACGCGUUAUGGCGGCGUAAACAAGGCGAGUGUGCUGUCGGAAGCGGCGCGCACCACUGUGUUUUCAAUGCGUUUUUGUUACAUGGAGGGUAAAACCGUAACAAAUUAAAAUAUAAUAAAGUAUGUUUGUGUUUUAGGGAACCCAGCUUGGCGUCCAAACGUCAUAACUCCGGCGUAAAGGGCAGCAGCCGCUAGUUUCGGCUAACUUUUAGCCUUAGUUGGCUAACGAAAAAACGAAAAAGUUGUCAAAAAGGGGCAAAAUGGACUGCGUCGUCACUGGAGGAAAUGUGAAAGUGCUGGCCAAAGCGAUCCACUCGCUGUCCAGGAUAGGUGAUGAGCUCUACUUGGAGCCUCAGGAGGACGGGCUGGCCCUGCGGUCUGUAAACUCCUCUCGAUCUGCAUACGCGUGCUUCCUCUUCGCACCGCUCUUCUUCAGCAGGUACAGCACCCCCAGUGGACAUGCCUUUCGCUGCAAGAUGGCAAUCAAGAGUGUGCAGGCAGUUUUCAGGUCCCUGGCCUCGCUGGAGAAGACAGUAGAGAAGUGUCACAUCGAGCUGGAUGGGCAGAAGAACCGCCUCACAUUUGCGCUGCACUGUAAAUAUGGACUACUGAAGACACACAACCUGUCUUUCCAGGACAGCGAGAGCUUACAGGCUGUGUUUGAUAAGGACAGCUGUGCCAACACACUCCGAGUCCAACCCAGGGUGCUGGUGGACACGGUGGUGCACUUCCCUCUGUCUCUGGAGGAAGUGACCGUGUCUUUGAGUGACGAGCGAGUGUGGUUCCGCAACCAUGUGGAGGAUGAAGCAGAGCAGUCCAAGGCCAUGCUGACAGAGAUGUGUCUGGCCUCAGAUGAGUUUGACCACUUUGCCGUUCAAGCUCAAAACAGCAUCACAUUCUGUCUGAAGGAGCUACGGGGCUUGUUGGUGUUUGCAGAGUCUACUGGUCUCCCCAUCUCUAUGUACUUUGACGAGCCAGGCAGUCCUGUGGUGCUGUCAGUAACAGACAGUGUUCUGGAGGUGAAUUUCGUGCUGGCCACGCUUUCCGAUGAUCCCAGUCUCCGUAAAAACAACACCAAACGAGCAGCCUCACCACCCCCUCCUGAUGACUUCCUGAACGAUGACAUGGACUCCUACCUCAUCGCCAUGGAUACCAGCAUUGCACCAGGGACCUCGGCUGCAGGUCCACCCUCGCCUCCCUCGGCUAAUCAUACAUACUCACAUCAGCCUGCUGUGGCCUGUCACAGGACGAGGCCGCACAGCGAAGACGAGGAAGAGGAGGAGGAGCAGGAGACAGAUGAUACAGAAAGGCCACCUAAUAAAAAGUUCCGCUCGCUGUUCUUUGGCUCAGUGUUUGCCACGGCUUCUCAGAUGACCAAUCAGACAGUGACCAGUCAGGAAGUGCUGGCCAGUGACAGUGAAGACGACACGCAAACGGAGUCACCGUGACCAGACACUGCUGGAUGAGAGGAGAGAGACGGACUGAACUGAAAGUGUGUGUGUGUGCAUAACGUUUCACACCUUGGCCAGCUUGAACCCCUUGCUCUUGAUUUAUGUUCAGAUUUUAUAAGCCUGUACAAGAGCUCUGCUGUGAAUCACUUUUAUUGCCCGAGCUAAAAUAUGCAAGGAGGGCACACACAGUGUGGAACAGGAUAGUUGCUCCGACUCUAUUCUGACUUUUUACUGGACAAUAAUAAUUAUGUUGGACUUCUGGGAUUAUGAGAAAUUUGAUAAAUGGCACUUCCUGUUUCAUUUGGCACAGAAACCAUUCAAUGUUUGAACAACACAGGCCGGCCAAAUAAAAAUUAAAAAAACAUUUGAGAGUCUGAAAAUAGAAUUGUUUUAUUUACAUCCCAAAAAG